AUGCUGGGCUCCGGUCUGACGUGGGCAGAGAUGUUGGAUGCGGCGGGGCCCCUGACGGCCGCCAACGCCAGCUUCCCCAUGCGGGGGUCGGCGCGCAUGCACCUCGCGCUCUGCCCCCGCUGUGCCGGCUGCAGCCACGCGCUCCGAAGGCUGGACGGCAAGGUGAAGUUUGGUGGCGGCGAGGUGGAGCCCGGGCCGGAGGGCAUCUCGCAGGCCUACACCAUGGCUGCCACACAGAUUGGGCAAACUCGUGCAGAUGUCGCCAAGCUGCACUGCGUCCCCCUGGACCGGUCAGGCACCUGGUCGCCCUGGGGCUGCGAUGACGCCUACUCCUCCGGCUCCCCGGGGCAGCUUGUGGCCCUGGGCCAGCUGAGCAAGGCCUGCGCCACGCAGGACAUGCUGCCGCGCGUGUGGACGGAGGAGGUGACCUCCAUCCUGCCUGGCAGCGGCUAUGUGGUGCAGGGGCACAAGGCCGUCAUGACCCCGGUGGCCAGGGGGGUGUCGCUGCUGAGCCUGGUGACUAGCCGCGGCCCCGCGGCCCAGCAGGAGUGGGCCAGGAUCCCCUCGGACCAGGUCAUCAAGGCCGCUACACUGGACCUGCUGACGGGGCAGUGCGACCGCCAUGCAGGCAACGUGUUUGUGGAUGAGCGCGGCCGGCUGGCGCUGAUCGACAACGACCAGAUGCUUGGCGUGUGGUGGCAGGGCACAGGCUGCGCCGCCAGCUCCAUGUUCCUGCCCGGCACCCAGAAGUUUGCCAAGCAUGAACGCGCCGUGGACGACUGGGGACCCGAGGCCCCAGCAACGGAGGGGGCGCCGGGCCCUUACCCGCUCAACCCACUCCUGGCCUUCGAUUACCGCUGCCACCUGGCGCCGGGGCGCCAGGGUCUGGGCACGGACUUCCCGGGGCCCCUGGCCGCGUGCAUGCGCCGGCUGGCGGCGCCGCAGGGCGCUGCCUGGGCCGAGGCGUUGGGGUUCAGCGCUCCGACCGCGCACCAGCUGGCGGCGAGGGCAGGCGACCUGCUCAGGCACGGCUUCGAGUGGGUGCUGGAGCAGAGCAGGCAGGCCAGCAUCCCGCACAUGAGGUACCCGGUGCCGCCACCCUGCUGCGCCGUGGACGCUGGGGGUCGGUGCCAGUAUGUGCAGCGGCGCUGA